AUGCUAACAGCCCUCAAGCUCGCCCGCGAAGCCCCCACCAUCUACACCAACCACAAAACCCACCAAGCCCACAAACACACCCACCGGCCCCACCAACACCACCACAACGCACCCACCCCCAUCUCCCCCACCGGCGGCUUCUCCAACCACAUCAACAACAAAAACAACAACCGCGCCACCAUGCUCACCCUCAACCAACUCUCCACCUACUCCCACCACGGCGGCCUGCCCGGCCUCCUCGCCCGCGUCCUCCUCCGCUUCCUCCAAUUCGUCCUCGCCCUCACCGUGUGCGGUCUCUACGGCGUCGACCUCGACGCCGCGCGCCAGGCCCACGCCUACGCCGACUCCAAAUGGGUCUACGCCGAGGUGGUGGCCGGGCUGGCCGCAUUGACCACCCUCGCCUACCUGCUGCCCAUGGUGAAGAGCUUGUUCUUCUUCGCGUGGGACUGGGUGCUGUUUGUCUUGUGGGUGGCGCUGUUUGGCGUUUUUGGAAGGAUGUACAUCGGGGAGGAGGUCGAGUAUGAUGGCGGUGUCAGGCGGAUGAAGCAUGCGGUUUGGGUGGAUUUGGCGUGUAUGGUGUUGUGGUUUGUGACGGCGGUGUAUGGGACUGUUAUGUGGUGGAUUAAUAGGGGUGGGGUGAGGGUGUUGGGUAAGAGUGAGGUUUAG